GUGGUUCUAACCAAAUAUUCUCUGAUUUUAACCUAACUUUUUUCUUUGAAGGUGAUCCUAACCUUAAACCGUUUACAACUUUCCGUUCGAUAAAUUCUUUUCGAACGUUUCGUUUAUGCUGGAUUCAUACGAAAAAUGUUUCGUUUGAGGAAUAUCAGUUCUGGCCUUCAUAAGUUCGUAAGGUAUAGUUCUGAAACAACUACUUCGCAAGAACCCGCGAGAGUGGAAAAAACUAUCAACAAUGUACAACUAUUGGGUAGAGUAGGCGCUGAUCCACAAAGAAAAGGCUCUGAACAGCAUCCUGUAGCUGUUUUUUCUGUGGCUACACAUUCUAAUUAUAGGUAUGAAUCAGGUGAAUUUCUUCAAAGAACAGAAUGGCACAGAGUAAUCUGUUUCAAACCUGGACUCCGGGAAACAAUACUUACUUAUCUGAAAAAGGGACAGAGGGUUCAUGUGACUGGAAGGAUAACUUAUGGGGAAAUCAGGGGUGAAGAUGGUAAACCAAGAACUACCACAUCAAUUGCAGCAGAUGAUGUAAUAUUUUUCCAAUCUUCUUAGUGUGGGUCUUUUUAUGUUAUUAUUCCCAGAAUUAAGUCUUCAGUUGAACAUUGAUGAAGUAACUUUUUUUAUCAUACUUCAGAUUUUAUAAUGACAUUGCUGAUACAAGACUAAGAUCUAUUGUAAGCAGUUCUAAUGAAUUAUCCAAUGUGAUAUUUUAAGAUUAUGAGAAAUGAUCUGUAUUGAAUAAAUUCUAUUGUGUAGAAAAUAAAAAAUGUAUUUUGAAAAACAAA